UUGAACUUUGACCUUGUCUUCCACACCUCUACAAAAAUGGGCUUGGAGGAGACAUUGAAGUUUGGUGUGCCGGUGUUGGUGGGCGUUGGCGUCCUUGCGGCCACCGUCAUUAUCGGGAGAUACGUCCUGGGCGGCAAGCGCAAGUCACCCAGCCCACUGAAAGCCCUUAAAGAUCCCGAGACGAAGUACCCAUUUGAACUGGUGGACAAAGAGAUUGUGAGUCAUGACACCAGACGCUUCCGCUUUGCCCUGCCAUCCAAAGACCACAUCCUGGGCCUGCCAGUUGGCCAGCACAUCUAUUUGACAUGUCGCAUCGAUGGCAAGUUGGUCAUCCGACCCUACACCCCUGUCUCCAGCGACGAGGACAAGGGCUUCAUGGAUCUUGUCAUCAAGGUGUACUUCAAGAACGUACACCCAAAGUUCCCCGAGGGAGGUAAGAUGUCGCAGUACCUAGACAACAUGGCUAUCGGUGAUGCCAUCGAUGUCCGUGGUCCCAACGGACUGCUAGUGUACGACGGAUGUGGAAAGUUCAGCAUCAGAGCAGACAAGAAAUCUCCACCCGAGACAAGGAAUGCUAAGAAGAUUGGCAUGAUCGCUGGCGGAACAGGCAUCACUCCGAUGCUGCAGUUGGCCCGUCAAGUCUUGAAGGAUCCUGCUGAUAAGAGCCAGCUCUGGCUGCUGUUUGCCAACCAGACGGAGAAGGACAUUCUCCUGCGGCCAGAGUUAGAAGAGAUUAGUCAGGAGCACGGUGACCGCUUCAAGCUGUGGUACACACUGGACCGGCCGGAGGAAGGCUGGAAGUACAGUAGUGGCUUCGUCAGUGAGGAUAUGAUCCGCGACCACAUGCCACCGCCCAGCAGUGACACCAUCAUCCUCAUGUGCGGACCGCCUCCCAUGAUCAACUUCGCCUGCCUGCCCAACCUGGAGAAGCUGGGUUACACCCCUGACAUGAGGUUUUCUUACUAGAGCACUGGAUGGGGGGGGGUUUAGGAAGAAAAAUGACUACUGUGCUUAAGAAGCAAAGUAGGGGCACCAGUGGGAUUUCGGGUUUCCUGUCAGAGGAAAAGAACUUCUUGUUAACCGCUGCCGGUGGAUUAAGGUCACACAAGAUGGGUGUGUUAACCGGUGUGACCAUAGAAUUCUGUAGAUGAAGUUCACGUUAACGUCUUUAGAUGAUGUUAUUGUAGACAUUCUGUGACAAUUUGUUGGGAGAACAGUUGUGACCCAGCCUAGCAAAAGGUGUCGCAGGUCGUUAGACCGCCUUUUUUUUGUGUGUUUUUUUUUGAGGUUUUUUUUUUUCUUAGUUCGAAGGCCUUCGAACAAGUCUUUGCACUCACUCAACUGCAACCCUCAAAUCUCUUGACCAACGCCCAUUGUCAAUGCUUAGUACGUCAAACUAAGGCUCUCUCUGUGCUCUGUCUGAUGGAAACUGAACCAGAUAAAUUGACCUAGAUACUCAUUUUGUUGGAGCCAGUCGCAAUUUUUUUAAAGUAUAUUUAUAGUUAGAAGCAUUGAUAUCCUUGGAAUGAGCCUUCACUGAGAGGCAUGAAAGAGACAUCCUUGAAAAUCAUGGAGAAGAAUUGUGGAGAAUGGAAUACCUUGACUUGCCGAAACAGGAGCAAACUUUGCUUGGAAUUGUUCUUGAUAGAUGCUCAUUUGACAAAGUCAUUGGGAAAAAUUGGUUAGACGUGAAUUCCAGAUAUUUAGACUUUCAAAGAGGUAACAAAACGGGGUCUGGUAAAAUUACGUGCUCACGGCAUUAAGGUAAAAUUUGGAUUUCUAGAUCUGUAUAAAGCAUGCUAGCAAAGGAUGAACUUGAUAAAUAUUUGUAUUCAUUUCGGACUUUGGAGUGAAAAUUCCUUUGUUGGGGGCUUUUUAUAAAAUGGAGGCAAAAACGCCUGAGAAUCUUCAUGUAAUAUUUUCUGAAAUGAAAUUGUGUUUCAGACAUUUUAUAUUGUGAUUAAUCACUUUUUAUUCAAACGAUGAAAGUAGAAGCAUGGAAUUAGUUACUCUUCUAUAGUAAAGCUUUCCUAAAUUGCAGUAAUUAAAUGCUAACAUACAUCAAUUAAAAGAUUACUUUUGUCACCAUUAUAAAGUGCAAAAUGACUGGAAUCAUUAUCUAUAUAAUACCUGGUUAUUUUCAUUAAAAAAGAGCAUUUCUACAGAAACUAAAGAUCCAUAUAUAAAUUGAAAUGAA